AUGCCUCAAAGGGACCACAGAGGUGACCGUUGUACUCGAAGCAGGAUGUGUGGUACUGAUGGCUGUCAGAACACACACAAUGGACUACUGCAUGGACAACUGCUAACAAGGAACGAGGCAACUUUAUACAGACCACACCAAGAGCUAGAGAGAGGACCAGUUGCCGAUAUUAGUCAGAGUCAGACUAUGGGGCCAAUCCUAGCACGGAGGGGAGCAACAGUUCCUGGCUGAACGAUUGUUAACGACAACCAUUGCGGCUCCAAUCUCACCAGAGCGGCCACACUAUGUGGCUUUGCGAACUGUGCCAGUGGUAUUGAAGAAUGGGGGUCGAAGGUAUCGAAGAAUGGUGGUGAAUGCUUUGUUGGAUGAUGCUAACAGAAAGACGUAUAUCAAUGGUAAUGUGGCUGCCGUGUUAGGAUUCGAAGAAACUGUCCAGCAGAUCACUGCUAAUGUUCUAAAUGUUGGGGAGGAUUCUUUUCAAACCACGCCUGUUGAGUUUGACCCUGAAAGCGUGGAUGGCAAGACUAAUGCAAGAAUCUGA